AUGCAUAAGUUAAUUAGCCCCUCACUCCAGCGGAUGGACCCCGAUUAAAGGCAGUAGGCGGACCGCCCAGUGGAGCAGAAGCUGGUCAAACGGAACCACUGAACGUCAUUAUAACUGCUGAGCAGGAAAUUGGCGAGAGCUCUUUCCCCCAGUAGAUACUUUUAUGUUUUAAUAGCCAAGUUAAUGCCAGUUUCCGCUUCCAUUAAAGAGGCAGCGGAUGAAAUUAAGUUUGUAGUUUAAAUUGCAUUGCAGCCAAAUACGUCAAGUUUUGAAAGCUUUCCGUCAAGAAAAGGAUAUUUUGGUCAGAGGUCAGUUUAUAUGCAAGAAAUUUUACUAAUAUUGUGCCUUAAUUUCAAUAAGUUACUACUCAUAAUGCUCACUUUUGGUUCAUAGAAACAUGCCAUACCAGUCAACACUUAUGUGUGUGUCAAAUUCGCAGUAAAUCUUUUUCAUAGAUGUAAUUACCCUGUGUGUGUUAUCAAUUUCAAGGAAUACUUCAGUAGGCUACCAGCGAAAUCAAUUUUGCAAAACUGCAGCUAAAAAGGGGUAAACAGUUUGCAUGCCGUGUGGAGCAGAAAAAGGCCGUUAAGCGAGAGUAAAAACAGCUUGACAUUGACAUUGGGAGCCAUCGAAGAAGAGCGCCAGUGGCCAGGACACCCAAAGCUCCGCAAGCUCUCUCCGAGCAGUAUAAAAGCCACGUCCUGGCUGGCCGAAGCUGCAUUUGCCAACGAAUCGCGAAAGGGGCAGGACGAGCCUCGAGCUUCGAGUCGCGCUAAAGUCGAACGGCAAACGGCACGCGUUUCCCUCGCUUAUUUGUUUGUGUUUCCGGAAACAUCCAUAUCCACCUUUUUUUCGGCUAUCAUGCCUGGCCUGGAGGAGUCGCUUCCGAUGCGUAGAAUCGUUAGACAGCUGAGCAACCAUGUUCUGGACGGCGGUAGCCUCCUCGACACUCUCGUCCAACAGCGCGGAGAGCUCGGCGGGAUUGGCCAGUGCGGCACCAAACUACCAGCAGCAGCACACAAAGCCAGCGCCGCUGAGAGCCUCCUCGAGCAGCUGGCAGCUUAGCAAUGCAGCAUUCAAGUCGCGCCUGCAACAGCAACAGCUACUGCAGCAGCACCAGCAACAGAUACAGCAGCAACACGAGUACGAGCAACACGAGCAGCAGCAGCAGCAGCAGCAGCAGCAACAGCAACAGCAGCAACUACAAAUGCAACAGCACGAGGGGGAUUCAUCCCAGCAGGAAGUGCAGCCAAUUGAGGAGCCAGCGCAGGUGGUGGGGCAAAAGAACAAGCUGCAGACAGCGAACAUCAAGAAGAAAAUCAGUCCGAAGAGUGAAAGUAAAAUCUUCAAAGCUUUCACCUCCUGCAAGUGCACCCAAAAGUAGGGAAAUCCCAAGUGCGAGUGUACAAAUGACAGAACAAUAAAAACCGAAAGUAAAUAUUUUUUGAAGCAUUUUCAAUGUAGCAACUAUGAAACGCAUUCAAACCUAAGGUACAACAAUAACAAUUGAAAACAAUCAAGUUCCUGAGAAUUUCGUAGUGAGAUAUAUUCACAUAAAGUAAUUUUAAUGACAUCAAAUUUUAAGGAAUAAACCACACUUUUUAAGGUAAGACUUAAGUGUUUAUAAAACAAAACAACUUUACUUGCAGCAUAAUAAAAUAUCUACUAAAAACUAAAUGAUGAACAUUCAAUUUCCCUUGAGGCAAAUAUAUUAUUUGAUUUUACAGAACAGCAAUCAAAGUUUCUGUGCUUUAGUUCCCAAUCCAUAACUUCACCCCAAGCAGCAACAUGUGUCUUUUGCUCAGAUGUGUUUAAUCAGUACAUUCGUUAUCCUAUCUCAACGGAUGCAGACCUUCAGCCGCACUUAUUCGUCACAGAUUUGCUACAUUCCAUUUCGAAUCCAUCAAAGUUCUGCUUUGAUUAGCCUAUGAUUUGACAUGCUGAAGGUUAAUUUGCAUGAUUGAAGUCUGGCAGGAAAGCUUUUGGCCGCCGGGCCAAGGCCCAUCAAUCAAAAAAGGUCGAUUUUCCGCAAAAGUAUGCUAAUUAUUUGUCAGCUUAACUCGCUACCCUCACAUGAAACUUAAAAACUGGCACUAUUAAACUACACAUCUCAUUUCUGAUGGCUACGAACUUGAACUUCUUUUACAAGUUUGUAAGGGAAUAUUAAUUUAUCUGUCAUAGCUUCAUGUUUUCUCUUUUCACUUUGAGCAAGUUCCACAGAAGUUACAGAUCCAAUUAACUGCGACAGGCUGUUACUCAAAUAAAGUCUAUCAACCGCAGAGCUCUCCUCCCGCAAAGCCUCGAAAUCCUUUGACACAUCCUUGCAAAUAUGAAUUGCACACUUGACCAUAUGGCUGGGAAAUUCUCAGCACGUUUGCACUGCCAUUAAAAUGGGGGAACCAAUUAUUUUCCCGGCCCAAGUCUGUUUAUGGCAAUUAGCAAAGGGGAGUUGGCUGCACAGUCCGGCCAGGAAUAGAGACCUACUGGCCAUCGAAGGUGACACCCAAGCCAGUAAUAAAUUUUUAUUGCCCGGCAUAAAAACG